AUGCAGCUGACGGGACUCGAUACGUUCUCUUUAGAGAAGAUUACUGUAUCGCAAAGUAAAGAUAGUAUGACAUUGACGGCUCAAAUCAGAGUACCCAUACUGACACUGCAUUCAGAUAAGUAUUCGCUAAAGGGAAGAGCAUUUUAUAUCUAUCCAUUAAAAGGAUCAGGAGAAAUGACAAUUCAACUGAAUGAUGUUGUAGCUCUGCCGACAGUGCGAUUUGUCCGUGUUGAUGACUUUAGUUCCAAGAUCGACCAACUUUCAUUGGAGUAUAACGUUACAGAAGUUAAGGCUAAUUUAGAGAAAAGCACUUUCUUAAUCAAUCAAAUGCUGAAUGCUGAAGGGGCAGCCAUCCUGAAUGACUUUCACGAUGACAUUGUCAACGCAACUUGGAAUUAUGCUGUUCCUCAAGCCAACGAAUAUCUGUCUAAAAUGGAACGUGAUCGCGCUAAACUAUUGCAACAAACAUUUGCUGAGUUAAACAGCGCCUUUGCUGGUCACAACCGUCGCGCUCACAGCGCUCAGCCCCCGCUGGCUGUGAACCGUGUGAAGGUGACCUUCAGAGAUGAACCCGGAGAGGGCAGCGGAGUCGCUCGAUCAUUUUACACCAGCGUCGCGGAGGCUUUAUUAGCGAAUGAAAAGCUACCGCCUUUGGAGUCGACUACUGGUAGCGGCAGCAAUAGUAGUACUACUAACGGUACACUCGGAUCUUCCGGCACGGCUGUUAGCGGCGCUAGUAGUAACAGUGGCACAAGCCGCAGCGGAGCCGGGCGUGCUCGUGCUAAGGAUAACGCCCGCCGCGCACCAGGUCGACCCGCACCAAGACCUCCCGCCGCCCGGGAACCGAGACGAGUACUCAGUGUAGACGCACGACCAUACUCACCGCAGGCUGCUCCUGGAACUGAAGGCGCUGGAUACAGCGGAGAUCGACCUGGAGGACACAACGAACAUCUCACGUUACAUCAAGCUCAACUCGGAGAACGACUUUACCCUAAAGUUCAUUCCUUACAUCCAACGUUUGCUGGCAAAAUCACUGGCAUGUUGCUGGAACUGACGCCAGCCCAGCUCCUUGUCCUCCUGGCAAGCGAAGACGCACUGCGGCAGAAAGUACGUGAGGCUAUGGAUCUCAUAGUACUACAUCCAUCAGAAGCUAUACUAGAUCUGGACGUGUUCUCGCUCUCAGAGCGCGGUGGUGGCGCGGGAGCGGGGGCGGCGGCUGGCGCGACCACGGCUGCCUCCGACGACGCUGCCCCACUGUUCUACUCACCCGGCAAGCGAGGGUACUACUCGCCGAGACAGGGACGCGCCACGCUUGAACGGAUCAACGCCUUCAGAAAUGUUGGCAGGAUUAUCGGUUUAUGCUUGUUACAAAAUGAACUCUGCCCGAUGUUUUUAAAUCGUCAUGUAUUGAAGUACAUACUGGGUAGACCCGUCAGAUUUCACGAUCUGGCAUUCUUCGAUCCCGUCGUCUAUGAGAGCCUUCGUCAGCUGGUCGUCGAUGCUGAAACUGGCGACUCGCAUUCACUGUUUGCAGCUCUUGAUCUCAACUUUAGUUUGGAAAUGUGUGAAGAAGAAGGUGGUGGCUGCGUCGAACUGGUGCCUGGCGGUCGGGAAAUUGAAGUUACGGCUCUCAAUGUGUAUGACUAUGUACGAAAAUAUGCCCAACACCGCAUGCUAUUAUCACAGGAAAAAGCUCUUGAGGCAAUGCGUGUUGGUGUACUAGACGUGCUUCCUGAAUCUGCCCUAGAAGGCCUAACGGCUGAAGAUUUACGACUUCUAUUAAACGGUGUAGGAGAUAUAAAUGUGACGGCACUAGUAUCAUACACGAGCUUCAACGAUGAAAGCGGUGAACCUCCGGAACGACUUGCUCGUUUUAAACGAUGGCUUUGGGCUAUCGUUGAUAAGAUGACGCAUUUAGAAAGACAAGAUUUAGUAUAUUUCUGGACCGGGUCUCCAGCGCUUCCGGCGUCAGAAGAAGGCUUCCAGCCCAUGCCGUCUGUGACCAUCCGACCAGCCGACGACGCUCACCUCCCCACCGCUAAUACCUGCAUCUCUCGACUCUACAUACCUCUGUACUCCUCGCGGCACGUUCUCAAACAUAAAUUAUUACUCGCUAUCAAAACUAAAAACUUCGGCUUUGUGUAA